AUGCCUGCAUGUGCUGCACCGCCGGAAGUUGAGGCAAUCCUGCUCUCCAUGGGCUAUCCGGAGAUCCGGCGGUGCACGAAGCAUAAGGUGAGCUUCCAUGCGACAUACUUCUUGGACUUUGCCGGAGCGUUGCCUUCCGGUGCUGAGGGACGCGCUGUCCUUCAACUACUUGGUUCUGAGCUAGGAGACAAAGAGCUCUUCCAUUUGCAAAGACCUAUCAGUGCUGAGUCCAUUUCGAGAGCCACUGCGCUGGCCCAGGAGGCCGGCAUCCGUGUGCCGCAGAUCCUGGCCAGCGGGAAGGUGGAAUCCUGGGGGCCGCUGUGCGACGUGCCUUUCCUAGUCUAUGAAUUUGUGAAUACGGCGACGGUGGAGGACGAGCGGGUUGCCCCGCGUGAGGAUUUGCGGCAUGCGAUACGGGAUAUUCAAGAGAAGCUGCUUUCUCGUAGCCUGAUCGGUGUUAGCACGGAGCCGCUGCCUCGUUUUGAGGAUUGCUUCGCAUUUACAGCCUACCUGCAGCAACUGGCGGGGCAAAUUCAGGCGCUGGAGCUUCUUGAUGCGCUGGGGAAACUGGAUGAAAGCCUGCACUCGGCAGGAAUCCAGCCCAUACCGCCGACUCUGAUCCAUCAGGAUCUGAAUGACGGGAACGUUCUGUGCUCGCCUGGGGGCAAUGGGCGCUGGAUGUUUGAUGCCCUUAUCGACUGGGAAGGUGCUGUCGUAGGUGAUGCACGUGUGGCAUACGAAUCCGGGGAGCCUUGGAGAACCCUGCGAAAGCUUGCAAGGGUUGUCAAGAUCAGAUGGCUCAUGGCCUCUUGGUCAGGCACUCUAGGCGAGGUGCCCCUGCCUCGCUGUUGUGCAGAGGACCUCCGGGCUAUCCUGGCUACAAACACUUGUGCCUUCUUUCAUAUCUGCCAUUGGCGGAAGUCCCUCCUGCCCUUCAAGCCGGUGCUGCUGCCUGUGGUCUUCAGAUAUGCGCGUGGUAUGUCUGUGGAGCACUGGAUGUACUCCGAUCGAUUUGGGCGGGAUGAGGAAGGUGCUGGUGGUGGCAAAGGACUCACUAACUUCAUGGACAGCACCUUUCCCGAGUCCCAGCGCCAUGAGUCUGCAGCAGCUCUGAAGCAAUGGUGGACUUCGGACGAGCCUCGAAUCCUGGUGGUCGGCCCUUCCUCGAGCAGCCGAGCUGCCAAGGCUGUGGACUUCAUGCCAGUGCUGCGCCUGGCGCAUGUCUGGGAGGAGUUCUUUAGCUUUGCAUCUGCAGAUGCCAAACUCGUAGCAGAGACGCUCGGCUCCGAGUACGCUCUCGAGCGGGGUCAAACCUGGGCCCUCAUGCUGCGAAGUUCAGGUGAAGUUAGCAGGAGCCAAGUCCGAAAUGUGAGGGACAUGGCACCCCUCAUCCAGGACUUCAUUGCCGAGCAGAUCCCGCGACAAGCCCCGAUUGGUACUGAGCGCAACUUUCAGCAGUUGUGUGGCGACAGGGCACUCAGCCAGGGCGCGAGCAGGACGUACUGCCUGAUCCUCGUGGACAGGAAUGCGGACCAGACUGCCAAAGCCCUUCGGGAGCUCGAGUCCUCGCAGAAGGCCUACUACCAAGAGGUGCAAGAGAUCCGAAACGCAGGAGAGGAUGCAGAGGAGCCUUUCCGGAUCCAACCGCUGCGGAUCGCUUCGAGCGGCUCACGCUUUCCGUGGAGUCCAGCAGGGCCAGGGCCCAGCUUCCAUGCCGUUUGGGCGGAGGCGUCAAAGGCGUGGGCCCUUGUUCUGGACAUCGAGACUCGGAAUUUCGCGGCUGUGAAGACGCCAAGUUUGAACGAGCUCUACCAAGGCAUUGCGUACGAGGACUUGAAGCUCGUAGAGCUCAACGAAGAUGGGCCGCCCUUGGCCCGGCUGGUCUCAGACCCGGAGACAACGCUCCGUCGUGAAAUUAGUGCCAUCCUCUCGACCAGCCAGGGCCUAUCUUGCGGAAUGUCAGCACCACUAGUCAAAGAAGAACGCACAGGCUACCGGCCAUUGGUGUGCUGGUUGGAAGAGAAGGGUGGGCACAUGGCAGAUGAGAUACGCCUGGAGUGGAUCCCUGGCCGAGGCCGCGGGAUUAUCACCUCCAAGGCAAUUCCAAAAGGAAGAGUCCUGGCAGAGAUUCCUUGGACCAUAAUCUUGAGCAGCAAGUUGGCGAGUGAGGAUCCAGACGUCCAGGCUCUGCUGCACGACUUACCUUGUUCAGGUGACAAGUCUGAUGGCUAUGUGGUCCGGCUGUGGCUCCUUCGCCACGGCAGUGAUGCCCAGUCUCCUUGGUGGCCCUGGCUGAGCCAACUCCCGCAGGAUGCAGGUGCAGGAUCAGGCUGUCUGCCUCUAGCACUGGCGGAACAGGCCCGCAAUGCCUUUCGUGGGACUCCCAUAGCCCGGAGGGCAGAAGUCCUCCUGGAAAGCUUGAGAGAAGAGUGGCAAGCGCUGGAUGCACAAAGGGGGCAGCAUCCCUGGGUUGCCUGCUGUCAGCGAUGGCUCUGGUCUCAAGCAAUUGUGUCCACCAGAUCGGGCACAUUGCCGCUGGAUGGUGGCCAGGAGAACGUGCAUUGUGUGAUCCCGCUGCUUGAUUUCCUAAACCACAGUGCACAACCAAAUGCCUGCAUAAUGGCAAACAUGGAGUGCGCAAAGCUAGUUUCCACUGAAUCAAUCGAAGCAGGACAGGAGGUGUUGAUUUGUUACGGAAAGCACAGUGCCGAACAGUUUCUUUUCGCUUUCGGCUUCGUACCUGAGGGCUCAGCGCCUGACAUACCUGUUCCUCUUGCAUUGACAGAGGCACCAGAGGUGCUUGGACCUGGCAGGCACCUGUCGCUCCGCAAAAUCCUCGAAGAGAAUGCCUUGGACUCUGUUUUGCAAGUGCUCGCUGCAGAACCAGCAUUUGUGGGCUGGUCAAGACAGCGGCUUCUGGAGCACCUGCAAACUGUUUUGGAGUCAUGGCACCGUGAACUUAUGCGAACCUCUUUCUGGCCAUGGGAGCGGUACCCAGAGGCAGAGUUUCUUUGCCGUUGCUAUGCUGUCUCUGUUGAGAAAACUCAAGAGGCAGUGCGUGCAGAGUUGAUUAAAAGGUCUUCAGCCGCAUGCGGAAGGAUGCACCAUGACACCCCGACGAGGAGAUUGGCUCAAGGUGUCAAGCAACAGCGCGGCUACGAUUGGAUUUUCAACUUGGAUUCGGAGUUGGAGCUGCCAGCCCUGGCAGCUGGCCUCUCAGCCCUUGCAGUAGUUGCCAUCCUGGCGUCGCCUGUGUUGACUCGGAAGUUCAUUGGCAUAUUUUGGUGUGCAAUCAGCUCGUCGCGCAUGGAGUGCCAGCGAAACUUCUAG